AAAGGGUUUAAUGUGAAGACGGAAAAGAAAAGGAGGGGUUUUAAUUUUGACUUUGGUCAAUUUCAUGGUUGAACUUGAAAAAAGAUGACCAAUAGAAAUAGAAUACAAGAAAAAUGGCGUGCUUCCAUUGAUGAAGUUCAAAUACCAAUUGCGUGGAAUAGCAAAAGUACGUCUAAAAUGACCGAAGCUUCGAUCAUAUCAUCCACGAAGAAACCGAUUUCAACGACGCAAUCAAACGUUCCUCCGCCGCCAAAUCAUUCUCCGAUUGACUAAAGCUUCUCGGGUCCCAUAUUCUCCGCUUCAUCAGUAGUAGAAGAGAAAUUAGAAGAAGAACAAUGGAGGGUUCAGCACUAUGGCAAGGUUCGGUUCUUGCUGGAAUACUCUUUUGGCUUUUCUCAUCUUCAUACCUCAAUCUCACUCUAAAGCUUAGAUCUUUCCUUCAACCUUUCGUUACUCACUAUGUUGAAACCGGAACCCCAAUUCUCCUUCAGAUCCAGAGUUACAGGGCUGGAUUUCUUGAUGCUCUUUUCUCUGGGUUGUCUUGUGUUGUUUCUGUGCCCUUUUACACUGCUUUUCUCCCUUUGCUUUUCUGGAGUGGCCAUGGCCAAUUGGCUAGGCAAAUGACGUUGUUGAUGGCGUUUUGUGAUUAUAUAGGGAACUGCAUAAAGGAUGUGGUUUCAGCACCAAGACCAGCUUCUCCACCUGUGAGGAGAGUGACUGCUACAAAAGACGAGGAAGAGAAUGCUUUAGAAUAUGGACUUCCUUCUUCUCACACACUCAACACAGUUUGCUUAUCUGGCUACCUUUUGCACUAUGUCCUGACUCAUACUCAAAUUCAAGGUGCCUAUAUUAAUUAUUUUGGAGUUUCCCUUGCUUGUUUGUUCGUGGCUCUCGUUGGUUUGGGAAGAAUUUAUCUUGGUAUGCAUAGUUUGAUUGAUGUUGCUGCUGGCCUUUUUCUUGGACUCGGAAUCCUUGGAUUGUGGCUUACAGUUCAUGAAUACAUUGACAGUUUUGUGGUCUCGGGACAAAAUGUUACAACCUUUUGGGCUGCUUUGAGCUUCAUUCUGCUUUUUGCUUAUCCAACUCCUGAACUUCCAACUCCAAGUUUUGAGUUUCACACUGCUUUCAAUGGAGUUGCAUUGGGAAUUGUGACUGGGGUACAACAAACAUACCAUCAAUUUCACCAUGACAAUGUUCAUCGUUUGUUCACUUCAGAAAUGACAAUACCCGAAUUCAUGGGAAGAAUGCUCUUGGGAAUACCUACGAUUCUAAUUGUAAAAUUCUGCAGCAAGACUCUUGCGAAAUGGACUAUUCCUGUGGUUGCAAACACUUUGGGCAUCCCAAUAAAAUCAACAAGCUAUCUCCCCACAGUGAAUGGAGCUAUGACAGGAGAAAAAUCAAAGGCUUUUGAUGUUGAUACUGGAAUUAGAUUUCUUCAAUAUGCAGGUCUUGCAUGGUCUGUAGUUGACCUAGUGCCAUCUCUUUUUUCAUACAUGAACCUUUGACGUUCAGAUAUACAUAUAUUUUAGCAAAAUUUUGUACAGCAGGGUCAUCAUAUUGUAUCAUGUAAGAACCAUAGAUCAUUUACUCCUCAGUGAGAAAUUAGUGAAGGGUCAUAUUGCUUUAUCAGUAGGUUUAACAUAAUAUAAUCGAGAAAAAAAAUUUGCUUCCACAA